CAGCGCAGAUCACGCACAGUUACGCUCGGACACGCACAUAGAGCGCGCGGGAUGCAUGUGAUCUGACCAGCUUCUUACAACAGUCUCACACAGAGAAUCAGCAUCAUGACCAGGUCUCUGCAGGAAGAGCAGGAGUCGGUGGGGUCGGAGGAGCAGCAGGAGCCUCAAAGCCCCUCAGAAGAAGGAGGAGAGGAAGAGGAGGACAGCCUCCUUAACCUGGAGGAUGAAGACGAGGAGGAUGAUGGCGAGGAGGAAGAGGAGGAGGAGGACGGAGAGAACAAACCCAAGAGACGAGGUCCAAAGAAGAAGAAGAUGACAAAGGCUCGUGUUCAGAGGUUUAAAGUCCGUCGGAUGAAAGCUAACGCUCGGGAGAGGAACCGCAUGCACGGGUUAAACGAUGCUCUGGAAGGUCUGCGCAAAAUUGUCCCUUGUUACUCGAAAACCCAGAAACUUUCCAAAAUCGAGACACUCCGCCUUGCCAAGAACUACAUCUGGGCCCUCAGUGAGAUCCUGCGAUCUGGCAAGGCACCUGACCUCAUGAGCUUCGUCCAGGCACUUUGCAAAGGUCUGUCUCAGCCGACUACUAACCUGGUGGCGGGCUGCCUUCAGCUGAAUCCUCGGACUUUUCUCCCUGAGCAGAUGUCCGAACCAUCGGUUCACCUCCCCCCACCCGGCACUGCCACCUAUCCUGGACAUUACUCUUACCAGAGCCCUGGGCUGACGGCCGGCCUGCCCAGCCCGCCCUACGGCACCAUGGAGCCCUCACACAUCUUCCACCAGGUCAAAGGUCAACAACCCUACCCGCUGGAGCCCUUCUUCGAUGGCGUCCUGGUAUCAGAGGGCCCAUCGUUUGACCCGCCCCUCAGCCCGCCGCUCAGCAUCAACGGGAACUUUGCGUCCUUCAAGCACGAGACUGUCGCUGGUGCUGACUACGACAAGAGUUUCUCCUUCAACGUACAUUAUGGGGCCGCAGGAGCUGGGGGUCACCCUGCCCUCUAUGGCAGUGAGGGGUCCAACCCGCGGUGCAGUGAGCUGCAGGUGGACGGGCUGAUGGGCUUUGAUGGACACUCUCACCAUGAGCGGAUGAUGAACGCCCAGCUGAAUGCCAUCUUCCACGAGUCCUGAGGAAGAGGAGGACAGAGGACAGAGAGCUGACCAGAGAGACAGUUAUAUGGACAGACAGACAGUUCUGUGUAUGUCUAUCAUUUCAUAGCUGUCUUUUAUUUUUUCUCUUCUUUCAUUCUGUGUCAGGCUCUACAACUCCUCAUCAUGAGGGCGCUGAUGGCGAUGUCAUGUUGAUGAUGUAACCUUCUGUGUAGCUCUUCAUCCUGCAGGAGACACUCUCUGAAUGUCUCUUUGUUUUCCAUAUUAUCACUCAAAAAUAAUCAAUAAGCAAUAAUCUGGUGGAAACUAUGCAAUUUUGUUCAAAUCUGAGCAACGCUCAGCUGAUAAUUCCAAAUGUUGAAAGAAUAAAGAUUUCUCUAUUUUUGGGUCUGUAUGUAAGUUGGCUUUGAGCCGGAAAUUGGGCCGAAGUGUUCAUGUUGUGCUUUUUACUUUUUGCUUUUUAUAACGUUCCUGUAGUAUUCUGUCAACAUUUCAUGUGACUUUUGUUCAUAUUUUAUAAGAUAGAUGUUUAUAAAGGCCUUUUAAUAAAAGGAAUUCA